GAUUUUCGAUAUAUCGAUAUAUCGUCGCGAAUGUGUCAUUAAGGGAGUGUUUUUCCAGAAAAAAUGCGUAAAACUUUGUGAGGGAGGAAAAUGGCAAGUGCUUGUGUCUCCAGUAAAAUAUCUGGUGAAUUGGGGGAGAAGGCUAAUGUAGGAGACAGUCCCGACGAUGAGGACAAAAGUGUAUUGGAUGAUUUGACGAGUUCGAGCUCCCUCCUUGAGUUCCUCUCCCAUGAACACAAGCAGAAAUUUCUGGAGGAACUGCUGGAGGGAGCCAGCUCAGAUGUCGACGAAAGCAUCUUCGAGGAGAUCAAUCGUCUAUCCAACACGUCAGAUGACAGAAGUGUAGAGGAGAUCCUCAAAGAAGCAGAGAUGUUGAUGCUAUUAACGAGUCCAGCAGUAGCUUCCGGAAAGGAUGAGAAUAGCAAAAGGCCAUGUCCGGAAGUUAAUGUGGAGAAAGAAAAGGACAUACCGAAAGUUUCGUUAGAGCGACGAGCUGGCAGUGACAUGAAGAAGGUGGUACCAAGUGAUGAUAUUGUCAAUGUUGAUGAGUUUGAUGUGGAUGGAAAGAUUGAGAACCAGGAGAGUUCACCGCUACAGUCACCGGAGACGCCCAUUGAGGUGGUUUUUGUGGAAAAUUCCAGGGAUAAAUGCAUUGGAACUGAUAUUCAGUUUCUCGAUAAAUCCACAAAUCCUUCACCAAGGAGUCUUACUCCAGUAAAUGAUACUCCCUGGCCACCGCGUGAGAGGGCUCUUGAGGAUGAAAUUUCGCGUCUGCAGGAACAGUUGAAGGAUACUAAGGAGAGAUUUCACAGUCUUCGUCUGCAGCAUGAUACAAUGUCGUCUCAUCAUCGAUCUCUGCGUGAAUCCCAAUCGACGAUGCAGGAGGAGACAGAACGCCUUAAGUUGGAGGUGCAGCAUCUAACAGAAUGUGCUGGAGUUCUCAGAACAGAAGUCCAGGCAGCCCGGAGUGAUCGUGCUGAGGGUCAGGAAGUACUGAAAGUCCUGCAGACGGAACUUGAAGAAGCUCGUGGGGAAAAACGCAAACUCCAAGAACAAACUGAAAGGGAUGCCAAAGUAAUUCUUGACUUGCAGCGACAGUGCAAAGAAAUGGAAAGGAUACUCAUGAGAAAACAUCCGGAUUCUGUGUCAGCUCUUAUUGUGGCAUCCAAAGGAGUGGGAAAUGCCAAAGAAGAAGCUUCGACACGGCGCGUUCUCGAACAGCGAAUUGCCCAACUCGAAACUGAUGCCAAGGAGCAGGAUGCAAAAGCUCAGAAAAUUCUUGCCAAUGUCCAAGCCAAAUUCAGUACAGUUCAAUCCAAGUAUGAAACUCACAUUGCUGAUCUGGAGACUCAAGUUCUCAGUCUGCAAGAUCUCAAUUCCAAACUCACACACAAAAUUGAAUCUCAGAGUGCAAUAAUUCGCGAGAGGAACAGCACAGUCUAUGCUAGUAUCUUUACACAGACCGAAGAGCAGCCAGAAAGAGAAUUCCCCAUCGAGAAGAUUUCAACGGGCACGCAGACGGAGCAGAAAGUCGCUGUGGGAAAACCAUCAUCAACGCCAGCGACUGUCAAGAAAUCAGCAUCUUCUAGUCGAAUUGUCAAUUCCUUCUCGGAAUCUCAGAUAAAUCAUGGAAAUGAUCCCCAUCUCAUGGCCACAAUUCGUGGGAUGAGAGUGGAUUUGGCCAUCAAGGAGAAAGCCCUGCAGAGGCUUACGAGAGAACUGGAAGAGUGCAAAAAGACAAUUCGGAAGGCACAGCAGAAAGAAAGGGAAGUCGGUUUGGCACCAGUAGCAAAAAAUAUCACGAAAAAGGCCUCAGAGGCCGAUGGUCAGAACAAUGUUGAAGCAAUUGGCCUGAAGGAGGCCCAGAACAAAAUCAAACUCCUCGAAUUUGACUACAAAUCCCUCCAUGAUAAACGCCUUCAGGAUCUUCGGACUCUGCAGGCGGCUCACGAGAAGGAAUUGGCUUCAUGCCAUGAAACCGUCAAUAUCCUCCAGCAACGUCUCAAGGAGAGAGAUGAAGCCUUUGCCAUGCAGAAGCGUCGAAGAGUUCCUGUGGAUUACUAUGCCUUAAAAGCCAAGAACAUUAAAUUCGGAGAAUCACCUCAAGCCAAUGAGCUGCAGUAUCUGGGAAAGUAUAUGUCAUGCGAUCCGGCUCUUGCUCUAGUUCUGCCUGCGAAUUUUAUUGAAUUGUCCUCGGAUUCUAAAUCAUUUAGACGCUCCACGAAAGGUCUCCUCAAUGGGAUUUUUUGUUUGACCGUUGAUCGCGUACAAGAAGCCAAGGAUCAAUUUGCUACGUUGAGGAGUUCCCGAAAGAAUGCUGAGAAAUCUGAUUCACUGAAGAGAUUGUCUCUCAAUGCAGACGUAACCGCUUUCAGGGCCAGAGAUUUGUCACCGCUUGCCGGUCGUGAUUCAGAAAUGGAUUUGGACAAUCGUAAGAGUAUUUCUUCGUCGUAUUCAAAUCCCAACUUAAGGAGGGACGACGAGGCUGAACGCGUGAAAUCAGCCCAAUUGAAUGGCACCAAGCCACUGGCAAACAGUGAAGAAUAUGUAAAAUAUGUGGAGAAUUAUGAGAGGAAUUUGGAGAAACAGAAAGAGGCUGAAAUCUCCAAAAAUGUCCUCUCCAAAGUUAAUAAGAGGAAACCCCAUUCCGUACCCGGUGUAAAGCCCAAUACAUUCCUUAGUCUCAAAGAUCGCGAUAUCGUUGUGAUCGACAAGGCUGACAUCAAGGAGUCUGAAAAGAAUGAGAGUGAGGUGAUUGUUGUGGAUCAUGCCACAAGAUCCAACACCAGCGAAGUUGAUUUGAUUGACAUUCUUGGGCCAAAUUGGCCAGCUGUUGCUGGAGAUGUAGCUCCAGUGUUGAACAGCGACAAACGGAAUGCGCCACUUCCGAAAAAUGAUCGUAACAAGUCGGGAAAUCCAAUUUCUCACUUGAUCAGUACAAGAAGUUCUGAACGGCGUCAGAAAGACAAUAUUGCAAGAUUCAGUGAGGAAUCAGCAUCCAGUUCCUUCGACAGCAGCAGUAGCUUGGCAAAUCGUAAAAAACCUUCAGAGCCACAUUAUGACAAUAUUGGUGGGAGUUCGAGGGCUGAUGAUGAACCUAUUGCACCGUCGCCAAUGUCAGAGAUUCCAGAGACGAAUCUUGGCUUGGGAUCAGUUGUAGAAGUAUCAACUGAUGUCAGUGAAGAUCUCUAUGGGGUUAUUCGAUGGAUUGGCUAUUCACCGGGAAAUUCAGGAGGUGGAAAGGGGAUUUUGGUUGGAGUGGAAUUGGAGGAGGAUCAGCCAGAGAUGCCCUUUACUCUCACAGAUGGCUCCUACAAUGGUAUUCGGCUGUUUAAAUGUCCUCCAGGGCGUGCACUCUUCAUUCCACCGACACAAUGCACCAAGGAUCGACGUUUUCAGGACAUCGAACGACCAUCAACAUCCACAGCGCCUGAUAAUUACAAACUCUUUGGCCAUGUAGAUUGUCCAAUUGUUUCUGGUUCUGUUCCACCUUUAAAAGUGGCCAAACCAAAUGAUCUAGAGACAAUUUGUGGAAAAUUUAAAGGAAUACAGGGACAUCAUAAUUCAUGCUAUCUCGAUGCCACUCUCUUUGCAAUGUUCACAUUCACGAGUGUCUUCGAUUCUCUCCUGUUCCGACCACCAGAUUCAGCUGACAUUCCGCACUAUGAUGAGGUGCAGACGGUACUGCGUGAAGAGAUUGUCAAUCCGCUGCGAAAGAAUCUGUUCGUGCGUGCGGAUCGUGUGAUGAAGUUGCGACAGCUUCUGGACAAAUUGAGCUCAGUCACGGGGCUCAUGUCAGAGGAAAAGGAUCCCGAGGAGUUUCUGAAUAGUCUCCUGGCCCAGAUUUUGAGGGCUGAGCCCUUCCUAAAGCUAAGCUCAGGCCAGGAUGCCUUCUACUAUCAGUUAUUUGUGGAAAAGGAUGAACGUUUGAGUUUUCCGUCAGUGCAGCAACUAUUCGAACAGAGCUUCCUGGCCUCCGACAUCAAACUGAAGGAAGUGCCAUCUUGUCUCAUCAUCCAGAUGCCACGAUUUGGGAAAAACUUCAAGAUGUACCCAAGAAUUUUGCCAUCACAAGUGCUCGAUGUCACUGACAUUAUCGAAGAUUCUCCACGGCAGUGCACAGUUUGCGGGAAAUUGGCAGAGUUCGAGUGCCGUGAGUGUUUUGGCACCUUACAGUGCGGCGUGGGACUCGAGAGUACAGCAUUCUGCCGGAAGUGCCUGGAGACGGCGCAUUCUCACUCCAAGCGUCUUAAUCAUGCGCCGAAAGAGAUCUCAGUUCCUCAUGACUUCAAGAUAAUGGCUGAACACUGUCCUGUUCCGCGACUCUUUAUGGAGCUCUUUGCUGUCGUCUGUAUCGAGACAUCACACUAUGUGGCUUUUGUGAAAGCCGGAUCUGGUCAGGAUGCUCCCUGGUGUUUCUUCGAUUCAAUGGCAGAUCGCAAAGGUGAACUGAAUGGGUACAACAUCCCAGAGAUGGUGUCUGUGUCCGAUCUACCGCAGUGGCUGUCGGAGGACAGUGCUCGGACUCUCCAUGAGGCAGCCUCCAAUGACAAAAUGCUUCCUGAUCACGCAAAGCGUCUCCUGUGCGACGCCUAUAUGUGUAUGUAUCAAAGCACCGAUGUGAUGAUGUAUCGAUAAGGAUAUCACGCUUUAAAAUAAUUCUAAAAAAAAACUUUGCAAUUUUAUUCUGUGUACACCUUUACCUGGCCCUAUUAAAGUCAGAUAGAGGAGUCCUUCAAAAUUUUUAUUCAGAAGAUUGUGUUAUCAGCUUAUAAUUAUUAUACAUAUAUAUAUAAGAAUUUUAAGAAGAAUAUCAGAAGUAAAGAAAAAAAUAAAAUUGAAGUAUUAAUUCUACUUUUAUCAAUAAAUUCCUCCCAAAUA